UUACACGGGCUAGCAUCUGCCUGACGCCAUUGUGCAAUAAAUUUCUUUUGCUUAUCUAAAGAAAAUUCUUAGCAAACUCACUGGAGAUGAUGUUCGAGUGGCACUCAUCUGCUUAUGGAUACACAAACUUUCCCGCAAGCAUGCGUAAAUACUUCCUGACUUUUCUCCAUUUCCGUCGGCAGUCUCCAGGCGGCGGCUCCUCCUGCUACCGUGGUCGCUUCGCACAGCGGAUCUUCUCCAAUGAGCCUCUUGAAUACUUACAUCAAGGAGUACCUUGUUGAGCUUGGACUAAGUGAUCUCGCGAGCUUGUUUAUGGAGGAGGCCAAAAAAAAUGCAGACAUCCCGCCCGUUCCAUUUGUUCAGAUGUGGGUUCAGCUGGAAAGCCAGAUGAACCCCUGCUCUCCUCCUUCGUAUGAUAAACAGAUGGCGCCGAUGUUAUCCCUGAAUGAGGGCGUCGAGAAGUACCUAGAGCACCUCCAAAUUGACAGGAGGAGCUUUAGUGAGAAGGCUUGGAGACAUGUUGUUCAUAGGAUUCCUCUGAUUGCUAUUUGGAUGGAAAGAAUAUAUCCACAAAUUGGUGCUGGCGUGCCCUGA